AUGGCAUCUGAAAAGCCGAUACUUUAUAGCUAUUUCCGAAGUUCCUGUUCUUGGAGAGUGAGAAUCGCACUGGCUAUGAAAGGAGUUGCUUAUGACAUGGUGCCAGUGAACCUCCUUAAGGAUGGGGGACAGCAGUUUUCUCCUGAAUUCAAGGCAGUGAAUCCAAUGCAGCAAGUCCCAGCCUUGAAAAUUGAUGGCAUCACCCUUUCUCAGUCGCUGGCUAUAAUUCAUUACCUAGAAGACACCCGUCCGAACCCCAGGCUCCUGCCCCUAGAUCCAAAGAAGAGAGCCCAAGUCAGAAUGAUCGCAGAUCACAUUGUUUCCGGCAUUCAGCCACUCCAGAACCUGGGCAUCCUGAAACAAAUGGGGGAGAAAAAACUGGAAUGGGCUCAGAACUGCAUCACAUCUGGCUUCCAAGCGCUGGAGCAGAUUCUGCAGCACACUGCUGGACGCUACUGUGUGGGGGAUGAAGUUUCUGUGGCUGAUGUGUGCUUGGUGCCUCAAGUUUCCAAUGCUGAAAGAUUCAAAGUAGACAUGGGUCCAUAUCCCAUAAUAAUCAGAAUAAACAAAGCUCUCCUGGAGUUAGAGGCAUUCAAAGUAAGCCACCCAUCCCGGCAGCCAGAUACUCCUGCAGAGCUGCGAGCUUGA